AUGUACGGUAUCAAGCCAAUGAUCGUCGGAUGGUUAGCGUCUGUGGUGUCCACGUUGGUGGAUGCCACCGAUUACCUCGACGAUUACACGUCCAUGGAUUAUCCGGACCCGGAUCUGGACUACAACGCGAGAAACUGCACGAAUAAUUAUUGCAUCUCGAACGAAGAUUACAUGGACCGUAUGAUGAACUAUAUAUUCCCGAAGUUUUGGGACUGGGUGCUGAUCGCCUCCCACACAAUGAUCUUCGCGGUCGGUCUGAUCGGUAACGCGUUGGUCUGCAUCGCUGUCUAUCGGAACCACACGAUGAGAACCGUGACGAACUAUUUUAUCGUGAAUUUAGCGGUGGCGGACUUUCUCGUUUUACUGCUCUGUCUUCCGUUCACAGUGCUGUGGGACAUCACCGAGACAUGGUUCUUCGGCUUGACCCUCUGCAAAGCCGUCCCGUAUCUUCAGACAGUCUCGGUGACCGUGAGCAUAUUGACCCUAACUUUUAUAUCGAUAGACCGAUGGUACGCGAUAUGCUUCCCACUGAGAUUCAAGUCCACCACCAGCCGAGCGAAAACCGCGAUCAUCGGCAUCUGGGCGAUCGCUCUUCUCUUUGAUAUCCCGGACCUGGUGGUGCUGCGCACAGUGCCAACGCACAUCAAAGUGGAAACCGUUCUGUUCACGCAAUGCAACAUGUCCUGGAGCCCGGAGAGCCAAGUGACCUUCACCGUUGUUAAACUGAUUUUCCUCUACACUGGACCGUUGAUCUUCAUGAGCGUGGCUUAUUGGCAAAUCGUGAGGGUCCUCUGGAAAAGCGACAUUCCCGGUCACAACUUGCCGACGAGGGCCUCGCAGAUGAGCCACACUACCCCAUCAGGCGGCGGGAAUCCCGAGGCGCAACUGAGAUCCAGACGGAAAGCUGCGAAGAUGUUGGUCACGGUGGUCAUCACUUUCGCCAUUUGCUACUUCCCCGUGCAUUUGAUCUCCGUUUUGAGGUAUACCAUUACGUUACCGUCGAACAAGUGGAUAAACGCCAUCAGCCUAAUCGCGCACGGACUUUGUUACUUCAACAGCGCGGUCAAUCCUUUGAUCUACAACUUCAUGAGCGGCAAAUUUCGGAAGGAAUUUAAGCGUACUUUUCGUUGCACACGAGGAAACGGUUCUCGGGUUCAAAGGGGCGGUUACCUAGCGAGCUCGUCCAAUUUGCCGCGGAUAAAGACACGGACCACCACGAUACGAACAACGUUGAAAAACAAUAAUAACGUUCAACGAAACACUGAGAUCAUACCUCUCAGCGCUGUGACGAGUGUUCAGCCGAACGAGAAACACGACUGAAUUAAUAAAUGUAUACACACUCGGUGUGACCGUGACUGUCGGACGCGGCAGUAAGAUUCACAAGGAUCGUUUAUUUACAAUGUAACUUGAACUUUAAUUGUAAGGUAAUUACGGUAAUUAAUAGUUACAAGAAGAAACGCCUACGUUCGACUGGAUCAUAGUAUUCAGGUGACAAACGGAAUAUUUGGAAAAGCGAUUGUAUUUUGUUCCUACUUUCCAUAAAAAUUGGCAGACACUGGUAUACUUAUACGAAUUUCUUUCGUACGAUCGUAACGAAACAUCGAGCAGUUAGUUUGACUGUACUUUAUCGCGAGCAACGCUAAAUGUUAUCGGUGAAGGAGAAGCUCGAUGAUUCAUUCUCCUCGCUGAACAUGAACAUAUGUAAACUAUAGGCACACACGCGCGUUUGCACGUUAUUUAGUUUAUAAUCAAUUAACAGCAUCCGUGGUGUUAUUGAAUCCUAUGUAAUUUUCAUACGACACAUGGGCCGUUAUACGCGGAGACAAAAUCGUAUAUAAAAAGUUCAAUAACAUGUACACGCUACCCUACUGUGUUAUAAAUAUAAUACGAUGUAAAUCUGAUACUCUGUACAAUAUUCGGUAAUAUUUUACGUAAUCUCGAUGGGACUUAUCGUUAAUUCCCUAAUGUUACAUUUUUUUUCUUUCUUUUUGGUCGAGGAUCGGUACGCGUAAAGAUCAAUUCCAUUGUUUAUAUACGAUCUCAUCGCUAUUCCUCUUAAACAAACUAUUUCAUAGGAGUCGAAUUCAUUCAUCGGUGAAGUUUUCACGCUCGACACCCGGCGCGAAUCUCGAUACAUAAUAUCGAUAAAAAAAGAGGAAAAAAUAAAUUUAGUCACAUACGA